CGGGCCGAGAAGGCGGAAGUAAGGGCAUCCGCUGCUGGGGUUUUGGCUACCGGCGGUCCGCGGACGCGGGAGCGACGGCCUGCGGGCCGAGAGAUCGGCGUCCGGGCCGCCUCGGCUCGGAGCGCAGUGCCCGUUCUUUCCUGCUGCCUUGGCUGAGCGGGUUUGUGCGGGCGGAGGAGACGGCGGCCAAAGGACGAAAGCGAGUAAUUGAUAAGCUCGUUACUAUGAGUCUGCUAAACUGUGAAAGCAGCUGUGCAUCCAGCCAGUCUGAGAGCGACUGCUGCGCGGCCAUGGCCAGCUCCUGUAGCGCUGCAGCCAAAGAGGACAGCGUGGGCGCCACGGCCAGCACAGGGAAUCUCUCCAGCUCUUUUAUGGAAGAGAUCCAGGGGUACGACGUGGAGUUUGACCCACCCCUGGAAAGCAAGUAUGAGUGCCCCAUCUGCUUGAUGGCGUUACGAGAAGCCGUGCAAACACCAUGCGGCCAUAGGUUCUGCAAAGCCUGCAUCACCAAAUCAAUAAGGGAUGCAGGUCACAAAUGUCCUAUUGAUAAUGAAAUACUGCUGGAAACUCAACUCUUUCCUGACAAUUUUGCAAAACGAGAGAUUCUUUCUCUGAUGGUGAGGUGUCCAAAUGAAGGUUGUAUGCACAAGAUGGAACUGCGGCAUCUUGAGGAUCAUCGAGCACAUUGUGAGUUUGCUCUUACAAACUGUCUUCAAUGCAACCGUCCGUUACAAAAGUGCCAACUUAAUACUCACAUUCUCCAGGAGUGUCCAAGAAGACAGGUUUCUUGUAAGAACUGUGCUAUGUCAAUGGCAUUUGAAGAUAAAGAGAUCCAUGACCAGAGCUGUCCUUUGGCAAAUGUCAUCUGUGAAUACUGCAGUACCAUGCUCAUCAGAGAACAGAUGCCUAAUCAUUUUGACCUAGACUGUCCUACAGCCCCAAUUCCAUGCACUUUCAGUUCUUUUGGUUGCCAUGAAAAGAUGCAGAGGAUUCACUUGGCACGCCACCUCCAAGAGAAUACCCAGUCACACAUGAGAAUGCUGGCCCAGGCUGUUCAGAGCUUAAACCUGGCUGUAGCUCCCACGCCUCAACGCUAUGAGCCUGCGUCUCUGGCUCGGGUCCCCUCUGGGUGUAACCCAGAGGUCUACAAUUUUCAAGAAAUCAUUCAACAGCUAGAGGGUCGCCUCGUAAGACAAGACCAUCAAAUCCGGGAGCUGACUGCGAAAAUGGAAACUCAGAGCACGUAUGUAAGUGAGCUCAAACGAACUAUCCGAACCCUUGAGGACAAGGUUGCUGAAAUAGAAGCACAGCAGUGCAAUGGGAUUUACAUCUGGAAGAUCAGUAACUUCGGGAUGCACUUGAAAUCUCAAGAAGAGGAGAAACCUGUUGUCAUUCACAGCCCUGGGUUCUACACAGGCAAACCCGGAUACAAACUCUGCAUGCGCCUGCACCUUCAGUUACCAACUGCUCAGCGCUGCGCAAACUACAUAUCCCUCUUUGUCCACACAAUGCAAGGAGAGUACGACAGCCACCUCCCGUGGCCCUUCCAGGGUACAAUACGCCUCACAAUUCUCGAUCAGUCCGAAGCACCUAUCAGGCAAAACCAUGAGGAGAUAAUGGAUGCCAAACCGGAGCUGCUUGCCUUCCAGAGACCCACCAUCCCCCGGAACCCAAAAGGUUUUGGCUAUGUGACUUUUAUGCAUCUGGAAGCCCUAAGACAAAGAACCUUCAUUAAGGAUGACACUUUGGUAGUUCGCUGUGAGGUCUCUACUCGCUUUGACAUGGGCAGUCUUCGGAGAGAGGGUUUCCAGCCACGGAGCACGGACGGAGGGGUAUAGCAUCCCUCGUCUGUUUGUUUUCUAAAAGCCUCCUGGAGAAAACCGCCUUUUCUUGCCCUGUCCGCAAUAAUAAUAUGUAAACAGCAAAAGCAGCAGGGGAAAUGGAAUACCCACCAGUGAAUGUGAUGAGGGAGGUCGCUCUUGUCACUGUCACUUGUACUUGUUUCUGUUACAAAUACCUAAAGCAGUUUUUCCCUGGGACCUACGGGUUCCAUGCUUUUUCAGGAUUGUUACUACUGAAGUACCUGUGGCACAUGGUAGCAGCUACUUGUCAUUAGUAUACCUCUUUGUUGUGCUUUCAUGGGCCUUUUUCCAGAAAGUUCUGUCAAAAGCCCAGGGUUGGAGUAGCAAAGCUCAACCCUUUUAAUAGUAAUGGACGCGCCUUAAAAGUUUAGCUUAUUUUUCUAGUAUUGUAUGUAAUAUAUUAAACUUGAGAAUCACUACCGCCUUGUGCUGGUGCCAGUGGGAAGUUGCUAUUAUAAAGUUGAGUUCUCAUUUUAUUUUACCACCAGUAGCUUUCAGAGGAUCUGAACUUUAAUCCUUGGAAAAUUAAGUUCUCAUUCACCCCAUUUCUCUCUGGGGUGUUACUAAGGCUAUUCAGGGACUCGUUUAAACCCUGAAUAUUAACCUUACUUUUUUAGUGUGAACAUAUCUGUUGAAGAAAUCUUGUUAAAGCCUUUCAUUCUUCCUUGCUUACUUAUAUAUUCGAGGCUACAAAGUAGCCUUGUCAGAGUUUAGAAUGCAGCGGCUCAGUGUUGUGCUGUAAAUCCCUUGAUGUCUACUCAAUGCAGAGUGAGUUCCACAGCCCUGCAGAUGUUCUCUGACGCUUAAUGCUUGUAGGACAAGGAGAGGCACACAUAAUUACCAACAUCACAGUUUAAAAUGGCUCAGCUAGUCAGCUAAUACGGCUUCUCAGUGGUGGUGACAAGAGCUGUUUGAACCAGACAUUUUCAGCUUUUCUCAACACCCUCUGGUUUAGUUAAGUGGGACAAAAUUGAUUGUCCAAGAGCAAAAUUUCUUAAUACUUGGGAGAUCAUUAGUGCUACCUGAGCAGUCAUAGUGUUACAUCAGGACUUAGCUUGAGCAGUUGCUUUAGUCCAACAGUUCAUACCUGAGGAGGAUCAUGGAGAAUUUAUUAAAGUGGCUAAGUGCUCCUCCUAGGAAGAGAUGACUUCUGUGCUAUUGCAUAUCUGUUAAAGGCCUAUAGGUAUUAGUAUCACGGUGCCUUCUAGCUCCCAGGGUGUCCUCUAACUAGUAUGGGCUCUUCUCAGGAAUCUAAGGGCCUUAGUACCUUGCCACGAGGUGGUUCGAGAUUCUCCCCGGGACCGCCACCAUGGGUGCAUGCUUACCCACCCUCAGCGCUGCCACUGCGCCCACCCACAGCUUCACUAAGGGGGGCAAAGGAAAAGGGUUGCUAUUACUCCUGUCAGUGGACUUUGUGGGAAAGAGAGGGGUGUGUCUCUGAGGUUCAUUGUCACUCUGUGUCAAUGAGUUUAGAGAACAUUGAUUAAGGAAACAUUUUCCCGAUUGAUGAAAAUUAGCUCAGCUAUGCUGACCUACCCCUGCUGGAAGGUUCUGCAGUGUAUUACGUAGCAUGCAGUGUAUUAUGUGGUGCAUAAUAAAAUUUUUUAAAAAAAAGAAUCUAAGAGGACCCAUACACUAUACAGUUUGCACAAGGUUGUUCAAAGUUGUGUGGCCAUGAGAGAUCGUACUGUCUCUCCUGAGCAGCCAUAUCAGAGACCCCUGACCAGUGUUCAAGACCAGCCUCAGAAAGAGCUAAGAACCAUAUGAUUUCACUUCUGUGUGGGCCAUAAAACUGAAACGCACAGACACGGACAGCAGUGUGGUGGUUACCAGAGGGAAAGGGGUGGGGAAGCAGCAAAGGCUCAAGGGGGCCAAAGGUGUGGUGAUGGGAGCUGAUUCGACACUUUGGAUGAUGGGCACACAAUGCAGAUCGUGUAUCAUAGAAACCUACACUUGAAACCUAUAUAAUCUUAUUAACAAAUGUCACCCCAAUAAACUUAAUUAAUAAUUUAAAAAAAAAAAAAAAGAUCAGCCACAAUUUCAAGAGGAAGCAAAGAGACUGGAAAAGAAAGGUUUUGGAUCCAGGCAGAGCCAGACUGGAAAGUCACUUCGACCUUUACCUUUAUCUCUCUACCUUCCCUCCCCACCCCACAUUUAGGCUCCUGUUCUGGUGGGUUUACGUUUUAAAAUGAAAAUCAAGCCCUAAGCGGUUUGGCUCAAGUGGAUAGAGCAUCAGCCCACAGACGGAAGGGUCCCCGGUUUGAUUCUGGUCCAGGGCACGUACCUCAGUUGCAGGCUCCAUCCCGGCCCUAGGGCCCAUGCGAGAGGCAACUAAUCAAUGUGUCUCUCUCACAUCCCUUCCAAUCUCUCAAACUCAAUGGAAAAAUAUCCUCGGGUGAGGAUUAACAAAAAAUAGUAAUUAAAUGGAAAUCAAGGUCUUGCAGAGAUCCUGUUCCCCAGUGCCAUUGUCAGUACCCCCCGAUCAUCGACUAGGUGGAGGUCGGUGUCCCUUAGCUACCCCGCUUUCCAACUGGCUUCUGAAGCUCAUUGCAGCAGCACCCUCUCUCUCGGCAGGGACCCCCCCGGAACUCCUGCUGUCCCUGUGAUUGUGUGUCGAAUAAGAAGUAAUUAUCGUGUUCCAUUUACAAAGUAAAUGCUGGUUAUUUUUGUUGCCUACCAAAAAGUCUGAAGGAAAUAUACAAAACUAUUUUUGAUGGCUUAUUUUCUUUGUGCUGCCUUGUAUGUUUUACAUUUUCUAUAAUGUAAACAUGUACUUUUACCAGAAAAAAUUAAAUGUUGCCACAAAACAUUCAACCUCACCAAAAAAGGAAAUGAUAUUUAAAAGCUUCCUGGUCUGGUCAAAUUUCUAUUAAAAGCGUGGCUGUGCAUUAGGUA